GCGCGCCAUCCAUUCGCAUUUCACCUUUGAUGUACAUGCAUCAAUAUGUCUUUCACAUCGGUAGGCUCCGUUUCUGCCACCAGAAUCGGCGCUCAUUCCCCCAUGGCCCACUCCUACGUUGCCACCACUCACAAAAACAUCGCUAACGAUGCAUCUCAAUCUGGACUGGCCAAGCGGCCAGUUGUCGAAAGUCCCCGUCAUUCUCCUCCCCCUCCUCCAGCAAAGCGAUUUGCAAAUUCCUCCUCCCGUCCAGCUGUCGUGGAUGGGGCAAACAACACCGGCCAACACAAAACGGCUAAUCGUCUUCCAGUCUGCUUGAAAAAACUGGUUCGUUCGAUUGUGCGAACCUUUUACUCACGGGAACAUUCCCUCAUUGUGGACAUGUUGGUGCGAAACACCAUCAUGAGUGAGGACGAUUUAUGCGAACGUCUGCGAUUUGAGAAGAAGCAGUUACGACAAUAUUUGCACACUCUGAAGACUGAUCAGUUCAUUAAAUCCAAAAUUCAGCUGGAGACAGAUGCAGAUGGAAAAACCACGAAGAUAAUCCACUACUUCAUCGAAUAUCAGUUAUUUGUGAAUGUGGUGAAGUAUCGUUUGGAUCAAAUGCAACGCAGACUAGAGGCAGACCAGCGCCAAAGCACUAGCAGAGCUAGUUUCCGAUGCGCCAGCUGCCGUAUCACUUACACCGACUUGGAAGUUGACCGACUUUUGAGUAUGGACCAUCCCGGAAAGCUAGAGUGUACAUACUGUCGCGCUGAAGUGACCGAAGAAGAGGACAACAUCUCGAGGACAGACGCACGUGCAUUAAUUGCUAAAUUCCACCGCCAAAUUCGUGAUCCGAUCGAUGCCAUGUUACGAGAAUGCGACGAAAUCCACCUAUCCUCUUCUAUUUUGGAACCCGAAAUCAGACCACUGGAGCCGGUGAAAGAGGACUCAUCUUCCGACCCGGUGGAACAGCGGAAAUCAGGCAUGCCUUCAGACACAUGGGAGCUAAAACGAAAUACCACAGUAUUGGAGCCACCAGAGAGCCGCGUCCGAAUAGUGCUCAGCGGUCAAUCGAGCGAUGCGUCAACUCAGGCGGUGAAACAACGUCCAGUAUGGAUGUCUGAUAGCACUAUCAAUUCCGGACCCUCCGCAGGUCUCGGUGAACUGGAUCGCGGACCUGGCGUAGGUCAUUCCCCGUUAUCACAAGUCGAUUUCCCACCCAAUGCAAUAGAUUCAAUCACCCAAACGCUAACUCCAGGUCGAGUGCCCACUGGGCUCCCCAACACCAGCAGCGUCCCGAGCAACAAGGAUACCACGUCCGAUGUGGCUGGAUCGGCACCUGCUCCCACCUCAUCUGCGUCCGGUGGAGACAUAAUGCAGUUAUUGUUGGUGCACGAGCGCCGCGGACAAUUUGUCCAUCCGGCCACCAAAGUGCAAUCCUCCGCGCGGACCCAAGCAUCAAAGCAACCUGCAGUCCCUACGCCCUCCGAACUCGGAGGACGAAGCCAAGACGCAUCCAAUCGGGAAGAGCCGGACAAGGAAGAGGAAAAGUUCCUUGUACAGAUCGGCGACCAGCUAAUACCGUAUGCAAAUAUAACACCGUCUAUGAUCAAAGCGAUGACCCCGAACGAAAAAGCUGAAUACAUUCGGAUCGGAAAGCAAAUGUAUCAGAGUGUUAUGCUGGACUAGUCCAGUUGUGUUAUAAUGCCCAUGAUUGUAUAUAAAGUAAUGUUGCAAAGA